GAUGCUUGUUUGCCAUUUGUGUCUGAAUGGAGUGUAAAGUUAUGUGUGUUUGAAUAUGGGAGGGGUGGGGAGGAGGAGUAGGAGGAAAGAGGUCUGUUGGCUGCAGGAUUCCAUCACUCUUAGCAACCGUUAUUGAGUUACCACGGAAACACUCUGCGAUGUUCUCUGCUUCUGCUUUAUCCUCCUCCAUCACUCCUCUCUCUCUCUCUCUCUCUCUCUCUCUGUUUUUAUUGCUGGUUGACUUCAUCCUUACGUUGCUACGGCGAUGCUCUGGGAAAUUCAGCUGGAUCAUUUUGCAGCCGCAGUGCUGGAGUGCAGAGCUGAACUGUCAAUUGUGAACUUGUGACCGAAGUCGUCGGCUGAUCCCUUUGUUUACUUAUUGGUGUUUGAUUGACCUAAUGAUGCAGUUAGUCUGUUCUUGCUUUUCAACUUUUUUAAAAAAACAACAAUUUGUCUUGUGACCUUCAACAACUUGGUUUCUCUAACGGAUCAGAAAUCAUCAUUUUGGAUUGGCCAGGCUGUCAGGUGACAUCACAGGAAGUUGGAUGUUAGAAGUUUCAUCGAGCUCAAAUGCUCUCUGAAGUGAUGGGCAUUGAUGUUUACAUAACUCUGUCAGUCUGAGAGACAUCUGGACGCUUUGCAGAGACCAAACUCAGCUCUGUGAACACUUACAGAAACCCUAAAAAUCCAGACUUCCCAUACUCCUCCAUCACACCGAGAUGGAUGAGGAGCUGGUUGAUUCACAGCUUCCCCAGGAUGCACUGAAGGCUGAGGACCAGGAGCAGCAGGAGCAGGAAGAGGUGCAACAACAGGAGCAAGAACACAACAAAUUGCACCAAGAGGACUUAGGUCAAGAGGAGGUGGACUAUAAAGGGGAGCAGCAGGAAUGGGAGGAGGAGCUUCAGAAAGAAGAGGAGCAGGAACAGCAGGAGGAGUUGCAACAACAGGAAGAACAUCAGGGAUGGGACAUGCAGCAGGAACAAGAGGUCCAACAUGAGGAAGAGAUGCAACAGGAGCAGGAGAAGGAACUGCUGACUCAGGAGGUGCAGCAGCAGGAGGAGGGUCAGAUUCAGAAGGAGGAGCACAUGGAGGAGAUGCAACAGGACCAGGAGGAGAUGCAGCAUGUAGUGGAGCUCCAGCAGUUUGAGGAGGAGGAGCUGCAGCUGGAGGAGGUGCAAACUGAGGACAUGUCACAGACUGAGAAACAGCAGACGGAGGUGCAGCAGCAGACUGAACAUAAACAGCAGACUAAGGAGGAACAGCAACAGACAGACAAGGUGCAGAGUGGGGGGGUGCAGGACUUUGAGGACGCUGUGGAGCAGAACCACAACAACCAGGUCCUGAUUCGACUGAGAGGAAUGCAGAAAUAUAAAAGUACAUCGCAGAGGCUGAAGGGGGUCCUGGAGCAGAUGGACCGUGGUGUUUUAGACCUGCAGGAACUCCGCAGGAACCUGGAGCUUGCUGCUGCCAUGUUGGAUGCUGUUUACACUGAUGAAACCAGGCGUCUAUUAGACACUGAAGACGAGCUCAGCGACUUGCAGGCAGAGUCAGUUCCCAGUGAAGUACGUGAUUGGCUGGCAUGUACCUUCAGUAGAAAGAUGGGUGUGGCCAAGCGCCGUCCCGAGGAGAAGCCGAGAUUCAGGAGCAUUGUCCAUGCAGUGCAAGCUGGGAUAUUUGUAGAGAGGAUGUACAGACGGACAUCCAACAUGGCUGGUCUGACCUACCCUCCCAUGGCUUUGACAGCUCUGAAGGAAGUGGAUCAGUGGUCAUUUGAUGUGUUUUCUUUCCAUGAGGCCACUGGAGACCACGCCCUGAAAUUCCUGGUCUACGACUUGCUGACUCGCUAUGACCUCAUCAACAGGUUCAGGAUCCCAGUGCAGGCUCUGGUGCAGUUUGUUGAAGCUCUGGAGAAUGGAUACAGCAAACACAAGAACCCCUACCACAACCUGAUUCAUGCUGCUGAUGUCACUCAGACAGCCCACUUCCUGAUGCUGCACACUGGACUGAUGCACUGGCUCAGCGAGUUGGAGAUUCUCGCAAUGGUUUUUGCUGCAGCGAUUCACGACUUUGAACACACAGGAACCACCAACAACUUCCACAUCCACACUAGAUCGGAGGUGGCCAUUCUGUACAAUGAUAGGUCAGUGCUGGAGAACCAUCAUGUCAGCGCCGCGUACAGACUGAUGGCUGAGGAGGACAUGAACAUCUUGGUCAACCUGAACAAGGAGGACUGGAGGGAGCUGAGGGCUCUGGUCAUAGAAAUGGUGAUGUCCACAGACAUGUCGUGUCACUUCCAACAGAUCAAGACUAUGAGGAAUGCCCUGACUCAAACACACAGUAUAGACAAAGUGAAGGUUUUGUCUUUAAUGCUUCACGCUGCAGACAUCAGUCAUCCAGCCAAAGCUUGGCCACUGCACUACCGCUGGACUCAUAGUCUGAUGGAGGAGUUCUUUAGACAGGGAGAUAAAGAGGUAGAACUCGGCCUUCCUUUUUCUCCUCUCUGUGACCGCAAAGCCACCAUGAUCGCACAGUCACAGAUAGGUUUCAUAGACUUCAUUGUGGAGCCAACCUUCAGUGGACUGAUCGACACAACAGAAAAAGUGAUUGGUCCUCUGAUAGAAGAGGACAGAAAGGCCAGAGAGACUGGAAACAGGAGGUCCAGUCUAACAGGAAGUGGUUCGGUUACUGUGGAGUCAGUGCAGAGACACAGUAGUGGUCGCCAUGGAAACAGUGAUGAUGGACAGAUGGACUUUUCCCUAACAGCCAUCAACUUGCCUGCUCUGAGGCUCCAUCUAUCAGGUGUCAUUGCCGGCAACAAGGACAGAUGGAAAGAGCUGUCUGUGCAUGAGCUGGCCAACAAGGAGCAAGAGGAGAUAAAGUCUAAUAUCAACUCAGACAUCCAACCUGAUGUCUCACCUAGUCACAAUGUCCCCGAUGGACACACCUCUGGUCAAUCACAGAAGUCAGACGGUUCCCCUCCUGCUGAAAUACACAAUGACAAAUCUACAGACCUCAUGCCUGCAGAUUACCUGAGCUGGAACGGGGCAGGGCCAGGGGACGAGAAGGAAGAGAACAAUGAAGAAGUGCCUGAAAACGCCUGAUGACAUUCCAUGGUGAACUCACCACUGUAUCUGACUUUGGCAGAUCACCUUGACAGCAGAUGUUGCACUGCAGUGGCAAUGAGAGCUCAGGCUCUUCUGUUUGAACAUAACAGGUGACUUAAUGUGGUUCAGUGUCCACCAAAGGGCCUCAAAACAUUAUGUUUACAACCAUGAAAAUUUCACAUUCAAUGUGACAACAUUCAUUAGACAAGUUCUUCGUAGCAGCUUCAUAGUCCAUUCACAGUGGUGAAAGUAUUUUGUGAGACUUUUAUUAGAGACUGAUAAGAACAUGGCUGAAAUGUUCCUUUUCAUGUCUAAGACAGGAAAACUUUCCACUAUGUAAUCUUGAGGAAUGAGACAUGCUGUUAAGAAGCUGUUGCAGAGGUUUUAUGUAUUAAACCGACCAAAGUAACAGGUCUGUUGUUGUACACGUCUUGUAAUAUGUUAGGAGUGUGAAAAGUUAAUUCAGCUCUGUUGUCUGUUGUGGCUUAAAAUUAUCAAGUGCGUUGUGCUUCUGGCCCCAAAUCGGUAUAUGAUAUCAGAGCUCUCAAAGAAUAGUCAAUAGAUGCCUCAGGAUUUAGGAGGAGUUAACCACACUAGGCUACCAUGCUUGGAUUUAGGGAUGACAGCAUCAGUUGGUUGGUUUGUCAGUCCACCAUUUUGUUCAUCACAAUUAACUCACUAUAAAUUGAUUGCCAUGAUUAUUUGCAAACAUUUAUGGUUAUCAGAGAAUGUAUUAUAUUGGCUUUGGUCAUUGCCUAACUUUUCAUCUUAGCACUAUCAGCAGGUCAGUGUUACCACUUAUCCAGUGAAAUAGCUCAAUAUCUAUGAAAUGAAUUGGUGCAAAGUUUUGUACAGAUAUUCUUGAUCCCCUUGAGUGAUCCUCCUGGCACUAAUGCCAGGACAAAAUGUUUAUUUGUCCAAUUUUAUCAUUUGCUAACUGCUAAACAAUGACAUUACCAUCAGCUUCAGCUGUAUCUUGUGCUUUGUGCUAGUUAGCAAAAUAUUACCAUACUAAUGUUCUAAACUAGGAUGGUGAACAUGGUAAACAUUAUACCUUGUGAACAUCAAUAUGUAAGGUGACUUUAGCAUUCAGUUCAAUGCACAGCUGUGGCUAAGCAGCCUCAGAGAGAUGCUAGGAAUUGCAGACUUUUAGUCCUCUUGUUUCUCAAUUCAUUGGUGACAUUCUUUUCCUAGAAUGGUAAGCUUAAAAUGGUACUUUACUGUUGUAAAAUCCUAAGUGUGUCUUCAGACUGAAUGCAAAUCAAACUUAAUUAAACUUAAUUUACCUUAAUUUAAUGCAAACUGAUGUCUGUGCAACUUGAAAUGGUUCAACAUGACAAAGAAAUUUCCAGAGGGUGUAGAGGAACACAUGACUAAAAGAAGAACUGCCUGUUAAGAUGUGAAAAGUGAUCUUGUUUUAUUUCCAUGAAUUUGUGCAAAUGUACAGUGGUGGCUAUGGCUACUAGCUGGCUAACAAUAUGCAGGGCUGUAAUGGUGGGUUGUUUAAGUACCUUUUUAAAUAGAAAAUAGCUGUAGGAGCCAAACUCAGCCUUUUUUUCUUGUGGUUCUGUAUGGCUUGUGCAGUGGUUGGAUUUUGUUGGUGGUUGGGUGAGGGGGUGUCACUGUGGGUGUGCCAAUCGUGGUUUCUUAUGGUUGCAGCAGCAGCAGCAGUGGUGGCAGGGCUGUCAAACCUGUUGAAAAAGGUGGAACUGGUUUGCCCUCUGCAUGUCCCCCUCCACAGUGCUCCUGUGCUUUGAGCUGCAGUCUGUGAUGGUCUUCAAACCAUCCCAGACCUCCCUCAUGCUGUUCUUCUGCAACUUCUGCUCCACCUUCCAUCUGUACUUCUUUUACCCUCCUUCGGGCAGAGCUUGAGUUCCCACUGCAUACACUUCGGCUCUUCCUGGUCUCCAUCCUUGAACGCCAUCUUCUUUUGGUUGAGGAGGUCCUUGAUGUUGCUGGUAAUCCAGGGCUUGUUAUUAGAUAAGCAGUGCUGAAGUCUGUCCAUACAGAAGUUGAUGUGGUCAAUGGGGUAGUCUGUCCCCUCCAGCUCCUCACUCAUAGCUAAAUACAGAAAACAGAUUGGAAUAAAAUAAAAAUUAAAAUAAAUAUAGAGAACAAUAUAUAUUAAAAGUUUGCUGUCUCAGCAGCAGAUGGUCGAUUUCACGGCAACAUGCCCGGGGUUGCAUCAUCUGGUGCUGAUAAACCGUGUGAGUCCCCCACCUCUGUUUUUCCCACCGUGGUGUCCCUGUCUGCUCUGACUGUAGUGAAUCCCAGUAGAUCCACGUUAGCUACUAGGAGUCAGCCAGUGAAGAUCUUCACAUUCUUCACUAGUCCAGCCAGCUCCUCCAUCUUGUUGGUCAGUGAGAUGACAUUCCCCAUAACUACAGCAAGAACAGUGGUCUUGUAUCUCCACCACGUGUGCGUCCGGAGCAUGAUCAGCAGAUCCCUCGUAUAAAUGAUACCACCACCAUCUUUACGCUUAGAAGUUUCAAGAUCCAUAGAAUAGAAUUAUGUCAUUACACAAUAGGUGUAAUGAGAAUGGAUAAGGAGUGGUUAAAGAUCACGAAAGAGCAAAGGAGAUACAACAUGCUAGGGAAAGCUAGGGAGAGAACUACAUGAUAUACAUGAAGUCAGCUGGAUUUGUUGAUCUAGUUGUUUGCAUCUGACAACUGGUUUGAUUCAAAAUAUCUUCUUCUUCUUCUUAUAAUUAUUAUUGGAUUUUGGAUUAUCAUUAGUAUUAUUGGAUUUCUGGUUUCAGGUUGGAAAAAACUUUGUGCGCAUUUCCACAUGAUGUGAUUGAGGUAUAAUUUAUUUAAUAUUUAAAUAUCUUCCACUAACUAUGUCUACAUGGGUGAGGAGGUGUAGUUCAACAGUAUACAGGUCUGUGCUCAGAUACACAUGCAUUCGAGGGGUUAAAAUCUGAAGGAUUGAUUCUUUAAAAAUGGCCAGUGUCAAUGCAACACAGUUAAGUAGCAUGGUUUUGUUGUGUAACUAUAUCCUGCUCAUAUUUACUAAAA